AUCACUCUUUGUCAGUCUUCCUCUCACUCUCAAUAAUCAAAACCGAAACAGGAGAAACAUCACCACCAAUGGGAUGUUUUAUGGGCUGUUUCGGUCUCUCUAACAACAAAAAACGCAGAAACUCCACCAGGAAGAUCCUGCCUCGACAUCAAAGAAUCUGUAGCUAUGAGCCUCUACUUUCUUCAGAUCCGUUAGAUGCAAGUACAGUUUCAGAUAACCCGGAAAAGAUCUUGAGUUCGAACCUCAGGUGUGAAGUGGAGACAGAGGAGAAGAAAGGAGCAAACAAGACGAGAAAGAAAGUCAGAUUUGACUUGAAUGUACAAACCUUUGAACCUGUUCCACCUUCAAGAUAUGAGAACUAUUGCAGUGAUGAUGAAGAUGGAAAAGGAGAACUAAGCAAGGCAUCUUCAGUGGAUCUGUCAAAUAGUUCUGUGUAUCCUUCGAACUAUAGAUACCACAAUUGUGUUGAUAGUUUUGAGGAUGAAGAUGAAUUGGGCUAUGAAGAGAGUGAUUUGGAGGAUGAAGACUAUUACACAGAUGAUGAAAAUGACUAUGAAGAUGAUGCUGAUGAUGAAGAGGAAGAGGAAGAGGAUUAUGAGGACAAGGACGUGACACCUCUUUUGAAUCCAGUGGAGAAUAUCACACAGUGGAAAGCUGUUAAAGCAAAGCCACUAAGAGCUAAACAGCUAAUGAAGGAGAACAAUGAUGAUCAAGCAAAACCGCUGCAGAAGGAGAUAAUAGUCAAUACUAGCCUUUCAAGUUGGAUAUCACCAUUUGUGGAUAUCACCAACAUGGAAAAGAGGUAAAAGUGGUGAAGAAGGAGAAGAAACAGUGUGUGUUUGUUAUUUGUUUUUAUAGCCUUUCUGAUUCUUUGUGUGUGUAAGGAUAUGAUUAUGAUUUGUUUAUUUUUUUUUUUCCACUGGUUGUUUUCUGCAACUAAAUCUUGAUAAAAGUUGUGAUCCUUUCAACGUUUUUUUGCAUUUGGUGUGGAGAACUUACAAUGUUGCAGAAAGACAUACAUAGUUGUUUACUAUCAAAACCU